UCAAAGCCCAAGUCAAGCAAUGCAUUCACAACCCACAGAAUAGGCAGGUCUACCUUCUGACGAUAAUCAGCCUCUUGCUCCUCCGUUUGUGCUGCGCUAGUGUAAUAUCACUGUAGGGCGACCUCCAACCUUUGCUGCAACGUCCGUGCGGAAGGUUGUCCGAUAAAGCAAGUUUUCUCGUUUUCAAUGGCUUGAAGUCUCCCUCUGGUUGGCCAAAGAGAAACGCAAAUGUGAGAGGUGCACAUAUGGCGGUUGAUCUGGCUGGUGGUUUGGCCUUUUGAGGAUGAAGCAAGUGUUGUGUAUGGACUGAGUGCUGUAGUAAACUAGACGAGAUUGUCAUUGAAACUUGUCGCCAACGACUUCAAGUCAAGUGCCGUCUGAAGAGCAUACUCGCAGAGAAAACCUUCUCUCUGCCUUCAUUUCUAUUUCUGCAUUUCUGCCACCGGAAGGGGUUAUUGUUACAGCAUCAAGUUGGUGUAGAUUUCCUUGAGGCCAGAACACAUUGUCUCAGGCGGCGGAUAAUGCUGUUCAAAAAGUUGCGUCACUCGAGGGCAAAACGAAACGAAACAAAUCGUCACUCCUCGGGUUCGUCGGAAUGUUUGUGGUUUCCGUUAAGGAACUCCCUCAUUGAAAGUGAAUCUGGAAGUGAUGUGAUCUUCUUGGUCGGUUCCAAACCAGACGUUCAACGCAUUCCCGCUCACUCUUGGAUUCUAGCUGAGAAUAGUCCCGUGUUUAAGGCCAUGUUUCGUGGGCCUUUGAACGAACUUCGGCGUUGUUCGUCAUCGGGCUCGAGCAAUGCCGUGGUACCAGGAUCCGCCCGUCCCAUUGGGAGCGUCACUUCCCAUGGGGGCGUUCUCAAAAGCGGGAACACCGCUAAAGUGGCAGCCCUGACCGCGACUGCCACGCCUCUGCCUUCGACGAAGCGGAGAACCACAAUCCCCGUGAGCGAUGUGGACGGUCGAGCAUUUGAUAUCUUAUUGAGGUACCUGUACAACGAGACUGUCCAGCUCCAAUCCGUCAUGACGGCCCUAACUACGUUGUAUGCCGCUCACAAGUACAUGUGUCCGGGCUUGGCGAAGAUCGUUGUGAAAUACCUCAAGGAGAACCUCUCUGAGAAAAACGUCUUGUUGGUGCUACAGCAUAUCUGCCUCUACUGCUCCGUUGUCAAUGAGCAACAGGGACAGCAUGAACAAACGCCCCAUGUUCAGCAACCCGGUAAAGCCCAUUAUUGGGACGUGCCUAUCACAGAAUCACCUCGUGCCUAUUUUGCUGCGUCCUCCGCGGAGGACGUCUUGUCAAAUCGUCAGAGACCAGACGCCACAUCAAGGUUCAGAGAGGUGGCGGAUGACUUUGUUGAGGACGAUGAAGAAGAGGAAGAACAAGAGGAAGGCAUAGAGGAGGAAGAUCCGUUUGGUGACCGCUAUUCACCAUCGGCUCCACCCCUCGAAGACGACCCUCUUUUGGCCGUGGACGAUGAGAACCAUUACAGUGCUGGUAUGGCCUCGUCCUUAGCUCCGGGGAAACGCAAGCAGAAAGUGGAUUGCUGCAAUAGCCUCAUGAAGGAGUGCCUGGAACUCAUUGAUGCCCGUGCUACUGCAGUCCUCGAAAGUGAAGACAUUGAAGAUAUAGACAUUAGUGCCCUUAAAAUGGUGAUUUGUCGAGAGACGCUUUGUGUGCGAUCGGAACUGGACGUUUACCGAGCCCUCCUGCGGUGGUCAGGCCGAGAGUGCAAGCGACAAAAGAUCGAGAUCACCCGCUCCAAUCGGAGGCGGGUCCUAGAAGGUGGCCAAUAUUUAGUGCGUUAUCUAACCCUUAGUCAGGAGGACUUUAUCGAGGCCUCGGGAUUGCUCAGUGAAGAAGAGCAGGAUGCAUUACUAAGUAUUAUUAGCUGUGACGGCAGUGACGAACCCUUACCCGACCACCUGAUCGGCUGUCGGAACAUCAUGAAGACAAAACGUCGGGGCAAGUCUCCACCCCAUGGGAUCUCUCUGUCCUCUGGACGGCGAAGGUUUCCCACCAGUUUAGGGCGGAUCAAGCGUUCCAAAAAGGAGAAGCGGGCUUUGGCCGAAAAGGAGCGUCGAACCAAGGCUCAACUCCAUAAGCCAGAGAAGGAGAAAUUCAAUAUCAUUGAGGAGUUCUUCGUGUGUCUCGCCUGUAUCUUUGAUUGAAACCGAGCAGAGUGAGACCCUCAUUCAAUUCGAGGGCUCCUCUCAAGUCAUAAUUGUGAUGGAACACGGUCCACAAAUCCGGCCGAUGGCUGCAUACACAUACACUACCUAGCUUUAAAGAGAUACUAGAACCGCGCAAAUGAUGGACUGAUUUCAACGAAGAAGAUGAGGGAGACAGAACGAAAGAACGAAGAAACGAAAAAGAGAGCAGACAUGUCUCCUUUGACAAAGGAGUCUUCAUUAAUAUAGUCAUUCAUGCUCAUCGUUCGUUCUCUCUUUGUCUUGAUAUCAAAACGCCAUAUCAUGAGCAUCUCGAAACAAAAAUAACUACAACAACAACUAUAACAAAUAUGUAACAACAGGACUGGAUGAUAUACAACGAACCUUUCCCCUUAUUUAGAGAACAUCGAUUGUAUGGUUAUGAUUAUUACAAUUACUAGAAAUAUUCGCUUUUGUAGCAAUUGACGAGUGGUCUCGUUAGCCUCCGAAAGCGGAAGGCUUCGGACAUAAAUUAUGUGUUCAAUUUCCACGUGAAUGUCUCUCGUUGGCUUCUAUCAGAUCUUCAUCAUCAUCAUCAUCAUCUACAACAACAACCGAAACCAAAACAACGACAACCAUCUCAGCAUGGAUAUUUCUAAAGAAAACUCAUUCCAUCACAACCCAAUUCUAAAUUGAGCACCGUUUUAUAAGCACUUGACGCCAUUGGCAAGCUCCCUGUUCCAAAUGAUUGUCCCACCUAGAACAGAAUCAGAAUCCAUGUUGUGUCACUUUGUCCCACAGAGAAAAAAAACACACCCCCCACAACUCGUUUUUGCCCUUGCUCUAGAUCCACUUCUCUAUGCAAUAAAUGAUGAGAGUAAGAAAUA